AUGCUCCCGGUUUAUGCGUUGCGAAGCCUUCACCUGAUUGAUCGAUUAACCCCUUUUGCUGUUCAUAUCUUCCUGGCCGCUGAGAUGUCUGUGACAGACGAUGAAUCAGGGUCGCCAUCGUGUAAUAUAAACCCGCCGCCUUUUCUGCAUGAUCCAGAGUUACACGCUGCAACACGUCAAAACAAUAUAGUUUUGACUAAACAAUUAACACAUCCUCAUGCCUCCUGUACUCGCCUGGUCCCACUUCUGAAUCUGGGCGCCACCUACCACUGCAGAUGCGUCCCUAUCCUACUCGCAGCAUAUCGUCUGGGAAAUUUUGCUAUCUUUCCAGACUAUCUGGCCGGCGAGUAA